GAAGUGGGAAGCCAACUAGGGAGACUCAGACACACCCCCUACUGCUGUAUAAGUCUCUAGGCUCGCUUUUUCCUCCUUGUCACUUCUCGGAAGCCGUCUCCUUUCUACUUGUGAUCCCGGAGCUGAAGCAGAAGGAAGGGAGUGUGAGUUUUCUCUUUUCUCAGGGUCUUGGACAGAAGGAUCCUCCCCUUCCUGGCCCCUCCAAAGCAGGCAAAAAAAAAGGCAUCAUGACGUCUCCAUCAGAUGAUAUCGAGGUCCUGGUGAAAGGGCUGAACCGUUGGAAUCUCCCCAGUGGCCCUAUGCCUUGUGAACUGCUGCUGGUGGGUGAAGCUGCCUUCCCAGUACUGGUGAAUAAGAAUGGCCAGGUCCUUAUUGCUGCCUCGCAUUAUGGCCAGGGCCAGAUGGUAGUCAUGUCCCAUGAAGGCUACCUGCAAGAUAGCAUGUUGGCUCAGUUUCUUUGCAAUGCUGUGGGCUGGCUCAGCCUCAGCCCAGGAACUGCUGUUGGAGUGCACACAUCUGUGGAACCUCUCACUGGCAUUCUCCAUGACUCUGGGAUGGAGGUGCAGACCAUGGAUGGCCUUCAGAAAUCCCUAGGAAUUUACUGCAGCAAUGCCUGUAACAGUUCCUUGGCCAAAGAGAUGAUUCCAUUUGUGAAAAAUGGUGGGGGCUUACUCAUUGGGGGCCAAGCUAGGUAUUGGGCCAGUCAACAUGGACGUGACAAGGUUUUGUCCAGCUUCCCUGGAAAUCAGGUGAUCGGUGUAGCCGGGGUGUACUUCACAGAUACCUGUGGAGGUACAGAUUUCCUCAAGGUCUCUAAGAAAGUACCUAAAUUCCACUUACAGUCCGUGAGUAUCAGGGGUAUAGUAAGGAUUAUAUUAAGAAGCAGACAUAGUCCCCUUAAUGAAACAGAACUAGAACCACACAUUUUGAGAAGAAUAAGUCUCAUUUAUACUGUCAGGUCACAGGGAUGCUGUGGACAGAAACAACUAUUGGAAGUCCAUCAUCAGUAUUUGGUUAGAGGGGGAGCCAUGGGAUCAUUGCCAUAUGAAUAUCAGUGUCCAUUUUGGAACAAGAACAGAGAAGGAUUGAAUAGAGAGACAAAUAAGGACAUAGUAGUUGUGUUCUUGAUGAAUUUAACUCACUAGGUUCAGAUGAACUUUACAUCUAGGUACUGAAAAUACAAGCAGAUAUGAUUAUUGAGCUAUUGACAAGGAUCUUUGAAUAAAAGAAUGGGGAGAAUGGCAGGGAGUCCUGUAGGAUAUGAAAAGGACUAAUGCUAUUUUGAUGUUGAAAAAAGGGAAGAGUGUGGAGUUUACAUACUAUAUAGGCCAAGGAGCUUGAUUUGAAUUCCUAGCCA